AUGAAAACUGAAGAUAUUACCACUUCUUCUGCUUCAGCCGCUUCAGCUGCUUCAUCAUACUCUGUUGCUUCAGGUUGUACUUUAUCAUCAGCUACUGCUUCAUCCCAAUCUGAUUUAGAUAAAUACAGUGAUUGUGAAGCUUUAAAAGGUGAUUUAACUAUUACUGGUGAUUUAAGUUCUGGUUCAUUAGACAAAGUUAAAGCUAUUUACGGUUCAUUAAUCAUCAACAAUGCCACCAACUUAGGCUCAUUCUCUGCUGGUCAAUUAACUACCAUUACUGAUUCUUUAGAAUUAACCAUCUUAACUGUUUUAGAUCAAUUAUCAUUACCUCAAUUAUCAACUGUCGGUACCGUCCAUUUCGUUACUUUACCAGCUUUAAAUGAAAUUCAAUUAAACACUGGUAUCACCAAAAUUAACUCCUUAUACAUUUCAGAUACUUCAUUAGAAAACUUGAACGGUUUUGAUGUCCAAUCUUUAGAUACUUUCAAUGUUAACAACAACAAAAACUUGAACUCUAUUGAUUCUCAAUUACAAAAUGUUAAAGUUGCUUUAGAAGUUUCUUAUAACUCAAAUGACGUUGAAGUUUCAUUUGAUGAUUUAGAAUGGGCUAACAAUAUUACUUUCCGUGAUAUCUCAUCUAUCUCAUUAUCUAAAUUAGAAAAUGUUAACGCUUCAUUAGGUUUCAUUAACACUUCAGUUGAUUCAAUUGAUUUAUCAAACGUCCAAAAAAUUGGUGGUUCAUUAACUUUUGUUUCAAAUGAUGAAUUAGAAGAAAUUGACUUAUCAAACUUAACCUCAAUUGGUGGUGGUUUCGAUAUCUCAAACAACACUCACUUAAAAGAUAUUGAAGGUUUCGACUCAUUAGAAUCUGUUGGUGGUUCAAUCAUUUUCGUUGGUAACUUCACUAACGCUUCAUUACCAUCAUUAAAGAGAGUUUCUGGUGGUUUAGAAUUAGAAUCAUCUGAAGAAUUUGACUGUGAAGAAUUCAACAAACAAAAGAAUGCUAUCCAAGGUGACUCAUAUGUUUGUAAAGCUGCUUCAUCAUCAACUUCAAUCCAAUUAUCAUCAACUUCAGGUUCUUCAUCAGAAACUGGUUCAGGUUCAUCAUCAUCUGCUAGUGGUUCAGGUUCAUCAUCAUCAUCAUCAAAAGGUGAUGCUAACGGUAUGGUUGUUUUCCAAGCCACUUCAGUUUUCGGUGCCAUUGGUGCUUUAGUCUUAGCUUUAUUAUAA